AAAGGACGCUGAGUGACACCAUCAACCAGGAAGUGACAUCACACAGUGACUCAGCCAUGGCUCAGUGAGUUACUUUGCCCUCUUGUUCCUGCUCUGCCCCUGAUUUGGACUUCUACAGUGCAUAUAAUUAUCAUCCCUGCUCUCUCCUAGCAGCAGCCUACAUGGACUCAAGGCCAGGCUUGUACUGAACAGCCCUGAAGUAAAAUCUAUUGAUGAGGGGCUCAAGAGUCGAGUUUUAAUGGAGCUGGUUGCAAGAGACUGUCCCAAGUUGAAGGAAAGAUCUUUUCACUGAUUUGCUUCAGCAAAAUUAGGGAACUAAGCAAGGCUAUUUGCAACAUAUGCAACCAACCAAUUAACUAUGUCACAAGUAGGAAGAUUUCACUCCGGAAACAUAUGGAGCAUCCAAAACAUGUGAAAGUAUGGAAGAUCUGACAACAGAAAAUGUGCAUUGAGAAAGCACCAGCAGAUAAUUAUCUGCACCAGCAGAUAGUUAUUGUUACGGCUCCACACAACAACUCAGAGCAACCCAGAUAAAAUCCUUCCCUAUGCAAACAUGUUGCACAGGAUCAACAGGGCAAAGAGGAAGAAGGUAGGACCUGGAUCAAGGAGUUGUGCAAGGAAUGGGUCCAAGAAUUUCACAAAUGAGGGGAAGAUUAGAAAGGUCAGGAUUUGCAAGAAGAUACCCACAGUUUCAUAAACCCCACAAUGAGCAGGAAAGACUUGUCAGGGUUUUUUUUAUCCUGCUCCAUCAAGCCGGAACACCUGAUUUACAGCAAGGGGAGGAAUCUCUGGGCCAAAAAUGAAGUUGCUCAACCUGAACUUAGCAGAGGCCCAUCUUGCAGCGCUUUUGUUGGCCCUGAAGUCUCAUCCAUCCUGGACCAACUAGGGAGGGAAAACCCUGUGGUAAAGGCUCUCAAAACAAAGGUAUGGUAUGGCUUUAUUUAGGUAAACAAUAAAAACGUGACAUCUCAGGAUGCAGUCCACCCAGAGGUGGGCAUGCGAAAGCACAAUUAAACACUAAUUUCUAACAUGGUUUUUGAUCUUAGACAAAACAGAAUUACAUAUUAACACCCUAACCAUACAAAUUUCAUUAAUUAAUAAGAAAAAAAAAAACACUCUACUAUGUGCAUUUCUAGAAUUAAAUGAAAAACACUUCCUAAGUGACUUACCUUGGAACAGUCUCUGCAUAUACAGUAUGUCCUUACUUGUUUCUUAAACUGUACUCUAUAAAAGGUAAUCCAAGCGUAAACUAGCUGUGCAGGUGAUCUUAAAGCAAGACUGCCUCUUGACAGUCCAACCUUGAGGACUGUAUCAUGCUUGGACCAGGACGCACAGGGAAGUCAACACAUUCUCUAGAAGUUGCUGAAAAUGUUAGCAGCUGUGAAGCUUAAUGAACUGGAGAGAGCUGUGUUUCUACAUGAAAUACACAGAUAUGCAAGUGACAUGUCUCUGCCUCAGAUGACAGAGGAGACAUGAGUUGAUUCACUGUGGAAUGCUGUUAGGAAGACCCAGAGAGGUAUCUCUUCGUUCUUCUUCUGCUGGUUUGAAGGUUCGAGGUUCCUCUUCUUCUGUUCAGUCACUCCUUCAGUCGUACAGCAGCUCACUGAGGAAACCUCGAGGCCUUGGACGCAGCCUGAGCUCUUACCUGAACCAUACCAACAGACUGGAGAUUGUCCAUGAGGAUGUGAAGAUGAGUUCAGAUGGAGAAAGUGAUCUGGCUUCUUCUUCAGAUGACGUACAGAGUCCAGUUAGAGUAAGACUGAGGAACAAAAAGAUCUCUACUGAGGACAUUAAUAAACGUCUCUCGUUACCAGCUGACAUUCGUCUUCCAGAUGAUUACCUGGAGAAGUUUAAUCUGAUUGGUCCAGCUCUGUUUGAGCAGCCAAUCAGCAGGCGGCUGCGCAGAGUAUCUCUGUCAGAGAUUGGUUUUGGGAAGCUGGAGACGUACAUCAAACUGGACAAACUGGGAGAGGGGACCUAUGCCACAGUGUACAAAGGUCGCAGUAAACUGACUGAAAAUCUUGUGGCUCUGAAGGAAAUUCGACUGGAACAUGAAGAAGGAGCUCCAUGUACUGCCAUUAGAGAAGUGUCUCUGUUGAAGGAUCUGAAACAUGCCAACAUCGUCACGCUUCAUGACAUCAUCCACACGCAGAAAUCCCUCACACUGGUGUUUGAGUACCUGGACAAAGAUCUGAAACAGUACCUCGACGACUGUGGAAGCAUGAUCCAUGUUCACAACGUCAAACUCUUUCUUUUCCAGUUGCUGCGAGGUUUGUCGUACUGUCACUGCAGGAAAGUUCUCCAUCGAGACCUGAAACCCCAAAACCUGCUGAUCAAUGAACGAGGAGAGCUCAAACUGGCAGAUUUUGGUUUGGCUCGAGCCAAGUCGAUCCCAACGAAGACGUACUCUAACGAGGUGGUGACGCUAUGGUACCGACCACCAGACAUCUUGCUGGGCAGCACUGACUAUUCCACUCACAUCGACAUGUGGGGUGUUGGUUGUAUUUUCUAUGAGAUGACAACGGGUCGACCUCUUUUUCCUGGUUCCACAGUUGAGGAGGAGCUUCACUUCAUCUUCAAACUGCUGGGUACUCCCACAGAACAGAGCUGGCCUGGGAUCAGUUCUAAUGAGGAGUUUGUUACGUACAACUACCCUCAAUACAGAGCAGAGAGACUAAGUAACCAUACUCCCAGGCUCAGCACUGAAGGAGUGGAGUUGUUGUCAAAGUUUCUGCAGUUUGUAGGGAAGAAGAGAAUCUCUGCAGACGAGGCGAUGAAUCAUCAUUACUUCAGUAGUCUUGGAAACAGAGUGAUGUCACUUCCUGACACAACGUCUAUCUUCAGUCUGCCAGAGAUUCAACUGGAAAAAGAAACAACAAGACCAACAGCUACCCCUAAUCCAGCAAACAGUCCGACUAGGAGGCGGAGUCUGCUCUUCUGACAUCAUUGGGCGGGCUCUGUGCUUAUGACAUCAUCGGGGGCAGGGUCUGCUCUUCUGGCACAAUCAGGGGGCGGGGUCUGCUGCAGGACAGACAAAAGGAAACCAAAAGGACAACGAGUGUUGAUUUUUUUUUGGAGAAGGAACCGCUGCUGGUUAACAGGAAGUAAAACAAUAGAAAAAGUAAACUGACUGAACUCUUCAAUGAUUGUUUCUCAAGAGAAGAAGAAGAAAAUGAGAGACACAAUAAUGAAUCACAGUUGCCAAGGGUUAGGGUUAGGGUUAGGGUUAGUAGGUUAACCCUGACCAAUUGGAGAACAGCGUAGAGCUUCUCCUCAGUACAUCAAGAAAUGAACAAAUGAAUGAAUAAGUGAAUGGUUUAAAGCUUCCUGAACAGAUGUUGGAGUGAAUUCUGUCUUCCAUUUUACCUACACAGAUUUAAAACAUUAAAAAUCAAGUUUUUAAUAAGGCUCUUAACAGGAUCCUGGAAAACCAGGAAUUCUGUUAAGAUUUGUUGUCGCAGCAACACCUGGAAACAGUCAGGAGUCACCUGUAUGAACACCUGCAGUGUCUGUAGAGGCACUGUUCGAAUUAACCCAUUUUCACUUUCACAGAGAAGCAUCAUGUCAUACUAAACAAAAUGGCAUCACAGUCAUUCAGACUGGUGAUGUCACAGGUGACAGAAGUUUGUGUGACUCUAUUCUCUGAGGCUGCAGCUGCACAUAUUUUAAAAGUAAUAGAAAUACAUCACACAACAGGAAAGUCUGUAAAAAUUCUCAUUUCGUAACAAAGUAAACAGAUUAAUACCUUAAAUUAUGACCUGAAUUAAGAUUACAUUUGUUUUGUGAAAGCAGAACUUUAAACAGAAUUUAUCAUCCGGUCAGACAGUAAGCUCUGCAGACAAACGGAUUGAUUUUCAACCUGUUUUAUAUUCAGAACAGAGUAUAAACUGUACAUAAGAAUUAUAUCUGCAGUAACAGAUAGCAGGUUUCAUUUUAAAUAAACUAGUUUUACAGGAAAGGCUGAUGGACGUUUUUAAAAUGUAGCUCUUCAGAGUUAAAAUAACUUUAUAAUCUGUUUGUGUUUCUGCCAUAGUAAAGUACUAAAUUUACACUACAGUAUCUACAAUACAAUACAGUGUUACUAUAAAACAGACUGAAACUAACAGCCUGCAGGAUAAAUCAUGUUUAUUUUAACACAAAUCUGCAGAAAACAAGAUUUCACUGUUUUAUUCUGAAAGUAUGAAACUGGUUUCUUCUGUUUUGCAUGUGUGUCGUACACUCAGUCUGUAUACUGUAGUACUGUUAAUAUAAAUACUAAUACCGAAAAAAUAUAGUAGUACUGUAAAUAUUACACAGUAAUACUGUAAAUCUGCAGUGAACAGCUGUGAGUCAGCACAGCUUUUCUCUCUAUGUGCUGUUUAUCACAGACACAUGUAUUUUAACAGGAAUUGCAUUUAUGAAUUAAUUUAUAGUUUUUAUUUUAAUUGGUGGUCAACAACUUGUUUUUAUCACUGAGACUGUUGGGAAUCAGGAGAGGACGAUGUUAUGAAACCAGAGCCUCAGUGACAUCACUGCCCCCACCUCACUGAACCGUAUGAUCCGUCAGUGUAGGGCUCUGAUUGACUGGUUUAGUUUUAAUAACAGUGAGUUGUUUUCUGUUUGUCUCUACACAGACCCACUCAACGCUCCAGUCAGAGCUUCACAAACAAAAUCAAAUUUUGCUCCUACUGAUAAGUUUUGCUUCAAAAAUACCUCAAGGUUUUGUUUCAAAGCCGAGAAAAUGCACCAACACUCAGUCGACAGUCGUCAUGCAUCUGUCAGUCAGUUUCUGUCACAUAUCUGAUGAAUUCACUGGAAAUUCCAGAUGUUUCGAAGGGUUAGGGUUAGGAAUAGGGGUAUUUCAGACUUUUUUCCACUUCCUGUCAGUUUAAAUCUGUACUUAAAUAGAAAUUCAGAUCAGUUUUUUUUUUUUUAGGCAGAACAAACUUUUUUGUUGUGUUUUUAUUUACAUGUGACAGAAGUUGUGUCUGUGUGGAAACCAACUUUAAACCAACAUUUUAAACCGAUUCAGAGACUUGUGAAGAAGUUUUAAUCUCACCUGCUCAGAGUCCAGGUGUCAGUGGGUGGGGCUUAUCUGCAGUUCAUCAGUUUCCGGUAGUUUUUCUUCAGAUUCUUGUUCCUUCAGAUAAUCUUUGUGAUUUCUCUGAAAAACAUUUAGAAUUUUUUUAGGUUUUUUUUUUCCAGUUACAAGCGUUAACAUUUUUUAAACAAACUGCUGUUGUGAAUUUUUUUUAGAUGUGAAGAAAUAUUAGCAAUAGGAAAAUAUUGAUCAGAAGACAAUAAUGAUUGAUCAGAGUGUGUUUGACUCGGGAAUCUGAGUUUUUAAUCUGCUGUAAAAAUGUCAUGUACAUGUUUGUAUGUGAGAGGUUAAAAAUAUACAAUAUAUAAAAAACACAUUUUAUUAUUUUACUGUAUAUCAGUGGAUCAACGUGAUGCUGAUCGGCAGAACUCUAAUCAAACUGAAGAAAAACUUCUCUACAAGUCUAAAAUACUGAAUAAUUUGUGUGUCCAGUUCAAAACAGCAAUCAGAGAAAAAAAUAGGAGAAUAUUUUGAAAGUGUUAAAUAUCUGACAGAAACAGGAAAAUGUCACAGUAGGAAAACCUCUGCAAUCCAUUAUUGUGUUUAAUAGUUUAAAUAAUUUAGGUUUGUGUAGUGUUUUAAAGAUUGAGUUUAAAAUAUUUUUUUCUGUUGCUCAUCAUGAAAACAUUUUAAUUAAAUCCACUGAGAUUCAAAGUUAUAAAACAAAAAGUGGAGGGGGUUCUAGUAAGUCAGAGAAUAUUUCUGACAGUUCAGAGUGUUUUCUGUGUUUCUGUGAAUCAAACAGACACUCUGUUUUUGUGAAUGAAAUGUGUCAAAGUGAUAUAAUGGGCAGAGUUACAGUGAAGUGUCACAAGUUUAUGCUGAGUGUGUGUUAAUGAAUGACUGUUGAAUGUAACUACAAACUAGAUGUGGUCAGUACUUUAAACUUGAAUGAGUUUACAGUAAUAAUGUGUACAGAGCAACUGAUUAUUAGAGAUAAUCUGAGUUUUUAAUCUGCACGCUGCAGUGUUGCAUUGUUCCUCAACUGCUGUUCAACAGCAGAAAAAACAGCAUUAAGAUCUGAAACUAGAGAUUAGCCAUCUCUUCAGAGGUCUAGAUUUUUGAUUUUUAGAAACAAGAAGUGAUGUAAAAAGUUGAUCCAGAUCAGUCAGUAGAUCUGGUUCAGGAGCAGGUUGCUUAUAUCUGAUGAAUGGAAACUAAACAUGUAAACACCUAACACCUCACACUCCUGUUUUUCUAAUUGUCAGUACGGAGACUAAAGGGUUAAAACCAGCAGUUACUGUGAAACUAAUAAAACUCCACAGUCUGACUUUUUUGGGUUAAA